CGGGACACCGUGCAAGCUACGCUCUGCUCUGCUCGCUGUUCGUGAGGGUCCCCAUCCCGCUAGCGUGUCCAAGGAGGAGCUGUAGGACAAGAGCCCGGCGUGGUCCUAGCGGAUCUGAUCCUUGAAUAUGGACAGACGGACCCCAGCGCCCAGCCUGGCUUUUGCUUCCCCAGUUAGCUUGUUUUGGCAUCCGUCAGAGCUGCAGGAGUGUUUCUGUUUGGUUUGUCUCAUGGCAUCAGAGCGGACUCCGGCUGGAGAUAAUCGGAGUUAAUUCAAAACCAGUGAUUGUGGUUAGAAAUAUAUUGUUUAUGGCGGCAGGUGUCGUCUUAAUUUCUUCCUGAAUUACUUUUCUGUGUAAUGUAACGGAAUUGAGUAAUGCACCUUUACUGCCCUGCAUUAGAGAGCAUAACAUAAUCUUGAUAUGAUCUGACUUGUGUUAAUGUAAAAGCAAUCAAGAAAGUAUCAAAGCAAAACUUAUGUCAAAGACAGUUUAAUUAUAUAUCUUUAUUAUCUGAGUAGUACUUUAUUUUCAACUCAGAGAUGUUAAAGACCUUUUAGGUUAUCUACUUAAAAAUACUCCUGUCUAUAGUGGUGGGUUUGUGGGGGUUUUUUUGGGUGGAGGGGUACUUUUGAAUAUCCCAAACAGAAUGAGGUUUCUAGCAUUUCCUUUAGGAAACCCAAUUUUAUAGUUUUUAUAGAAAUAUUUUGAUACUCAGACUAAUUUUGUACUUCUUUAUUUAAUGAGACACUGGAGAAUGACUUAGGCCCCCAACUUUUACAAACCUUUUAAAGAAUAUGUGAUGAUUAUGGCUUGUCUACAGUUAAAAUGCUGUAGUGUUUCAGUGAAGACACUAUUUGCAUCAACCGGCCUCCUUGAGAGGUGCUAACUAGGUUGACGGGAAAAUUAAUCCCUUGACCUAGUGCUGUCUACACCACGGGUUAGGUUGGUUGAACCGAGUAACUCAGGAUUAUGGAUUUUUUCACACCUCUGAGCGACAUAGUUAUACCGACCUAUUUUCCUACUGUAAAUCAGGCCUUAGAGUUAAAUGUUGCUUUCUAAAACAGAUCUUGGCAGGACUGGCAGAAGUCUGUACCACUCGAUGUAUGUCAUAUAUGGGUACUUUGAUGCCAAGGGGACAACUAUCAAGAAACUAAACAUCUUUAGUGUGUUCUAAACUUUAUCAGAGUAAUAUACAGAUAGUGUUUUACUAUGCAUAUGUCAGAAAGCUGCUUUUCUAAUUGGGGGGAAUUAAAAUAAAACUGUAACGAUGUUAUAAGGCACUCUUUUGUUCAGAUUGUUAGCUGAUCCUAUGUAUCAGCUAGUUUUGACACAAGAUUGCUCUAGAAUCUAAUGCAACUUCAAAAACUAUGUUGCUGUUUUUAAGCUUACUGUGACAGUUUUAUGUUCUUGUUUAACUUAUACAGAGACCCUAAAAAUAAGACCAUGUUGUGUCUUGCUCUUGGAAAACAUGAAGUACAGAAUUUCAAGGGCAUGAACAGGGGCAUGUCUCCUCCUUUUUCUCGCCUCCUCCAGAGCAGUUUUUGAAAGUGUGUUUGGCCUUUCUGAUUCAUGGAUUGGCUCCUCUUGGAGUCCUAUAGUUAAAUUUCCAUGGUGUUAAAUAAUAAUCUGUAGAAUGACAUUUUUCUUAUGGAUGUAAACAAAACUACAAUUGUUUCUUUUGUUCAUUUCUGAUGGCAUGAAAAGCUUACGUUUCUAUGUUGCUCUACAUUAAAUGAUCCAAAAUCCCUUUCCAAAUGGAUGGGAAACUCUGGAGUUUGCAACAUCACUUCAUCUUUUCCAGUCAGUUAGUGAAGGACUGUGCUGGAGACUCUUGAACCCAGAUCACUGUGUGGUAGCACACUUGUUUCUUCAUAAAUUCAAUUGUUUGUAUUUUGUGGAAUAAAUUUAAUUUGGAAAAAGGUCCUUUGAGCAUUAAAAUGUUUUGUUUUGUUUCACAGGGUAAAUAUUUAUACAGAAUGUCAGUGAACUCAUUAUUUGGGAAUAAGAAGAGAAAUAGCUCCAUAUUAUAUGAUGUGGAUCAGGCACAGAUUAUGGCUUCAUCUUCUGUUUAUCCAGAAUCCACUAGUCGAGGAUGUAUUGGGAACCACGGCGAUGGCUUCCCCCCAAACAAGCGUUACAAAAGCUUUGAGUCAAAGUCCAAGCAAACAGAAGAUUCUUUUGGAGACCAUGAUGACUUCACAGCUGAUGACUUGGAAGAAAUAGAUAUAAUUGCUUCACAGGCUUUAUCACAAGUUCUAGACUCAAAUACUCUUUCUAGAACAACACACGUCCAGAAACCUGAACAGAAUGCCAGACCAUCCUUAACCCCAAACAACACCAAUCAAAAGUCUUUAAAUAUUGAACAACGGAGUGUUGCCUCUAGUGCAGAAAGAAAUAUGAAAGAGCAAUUCGGAAAUGGCACUGAAGAUAUUCGAAUUAAAGACACAUUUGGAUUUGAAGUACUGCAAACACAACAUGAAGAAGUUAAGCAAAAGCUGAAAGAAAUACAGGAUGAAAUCCUUGUUAAAAAUGGAGAAAUUAAAAUUUUGCGGGACUCAAUGCUGCAGAUGGAAUGCACUUUGGAGGAACAGAGAAGAUCAUACAUGCUACUGGAAAAGGAAAAAGAUCAGACACUAAGUGAAAAAGAAAAGGAGUUCUCCAAAAAGUUACAGUCCUUGCAGUCAGAGUUGCAGUUUAAAGAUGCUGAAAUGAAUGAAUUGAGAGCAAAACUUCAGAACUGUGAAAGAACUAAGCCUGUUACUCCGUCAGUUACAAACGCCAGCCCUAGGAAGAGUCCCUCCAGAAUUGUAAAAUUGGAAGCAUGUUCUCUUCAGACUGGAAAAAGAUCUUUCCCUACAAAAGAGACUUUCAGCGCUGACAUGUCCCUUAAAGUAUCCUGUUCUGCAGCAAAUUUGUCUUCUGAGACUUCUUUGAACAAGGAGGACAGUAAGAUCCCCUGUCCUGAAAUCGAACUUGUGAAGCAAGAACUGAUGGAGAGAAAUGUGUCUUACAGUUUUGUUCAAAGACAAAACACCCAAGGUUCUGUCUUACUAAAUGCACUGAUGAAACAGCCUAUUGCCCCUGGGUCAUUACUAGGACUCUGUCAUCUUCUUAGCAGUAACUCUGAAGUGCUAUCUGGAUCUGUCUUGCAGCCUAACUUUUUCAACACAGGAUCUACAGGAAUAUCCAGCAUCAGGACAACUUAUUCUCAGGAUGGAACUCCUUCUUCUCUUGCUGCUUUAAGAGAAGCUCAAAAACUUGCAAUAACGGGAUUGAACUUGAUUGCUAUGGAUGAAGGAUCAUCCAAGGGAGACCUGACAGAAAGUGAGAGGGGACUAUUCCUUCUUAAACGCUUUAAGAUCCCAGGUGCAGUGCAUCUUCUACCUCUAGUGGAAUACCAUAUCAGUGCAUACUGUCAAGCUCUGCAGUUGUCGGCAAAGUCAAGAAACAGUCCUGAAAAUCAAUCAGUUAGUUCUUCUAGAACUAACUCAAGUAUAAUAUCAAGUACCGAGGAUUUUAGAUCUACUCUGCAAGAGAUUACAAUUACAUCUCUAGGUGUUCUUUAUUACUUGGUAUAUUACAGCUGGGAUGUGGUUUAUAUAUUACUAUCUUCUGAAGUGAAAAGUGUGUCUGAGAUGGAGAAGAACAUGGUGUGCAAUCAUCAAUCUGAUGGUAAAAAAGAAAAUUCCAGACCACAAGGCCAAUCUGUAGAACCACAAGAUGCUGCUAAUAAUGACCAAUCCCAACAUUCUUUGUUCAAAAAAUUGCUUCAGCUGUUAGCUUUGUCUUCUACAGCAACAGGUUCCCAGACCAACAGUAUCAUGAAUCAAAGCCUAAAGGUUUUGGUGAAACUAGCUGAGAAUUCAACAGUUGAGUUACUAAUGAGUUUUUGGCACUUGCUAACUAGCCAGAUGUUGCUUCGCUGUGUGUGUCCUGAGACCCCUUUGUCUGCUGUCCAUCUGACUGUGCGGCUGUUGGCCAUGCUUAUUCAUCACCAGAAGCUGGCUGCUCAACUUUGUUGUCAUUCAGAAAGCUGUCUUCUUCUUGCACUGUACAUGUAUAUUACUUCAAGACCAGAUAAAUCUGCAUCUGAAAGGCUUUGGCUUCAGCUGGAACAAGAGACUGUUAGAUUCCUGACUAAGUGUGUGCGCUGCUCCAGUCCAUCAGUUUUACUACUUGGUACAGAUUGCCAGUGCAGCCUCGAGGUAGUCAAGGCACUUAUUAUAAUGUUGCAUAGACAAUGGGUGAAGGUUAGAAGAUCUGAGAGCAACUUGAGUGCGUAUAGAGAACGAAUUGUUCAGUUUUUACGGGACACUGUUUUGCUCUUGCAUAGUCUAUCUCAAAAAGAUAAACUGUUUCAUGAACAUUGCCUGGAAGUUCUCCAUCAAUAUGAUGAAGCCAUGCCUGGUGUCAGAGCCAUCCUCAAAAAAACUCUAAAUUUGAAGGCCUCUGAAGAGUUGGCUUUGGAUGAGUUGUAUCCUCCUGAGCCAGAAGUAGAUGAUCAAGAAAUGGACUGCAGCUAGUAAUUCAGCAAUAAUCCACCCCUCUCUGAAUUCUUGUUUCUCAGCUUUGUUGCCGAUAUACAUGUGAAAUUUAACUUGUGUGAAAUAUAACCUGUGUUGUGGUAAACUUUUAAAUUAAUGGUGUGCUAAAGAUCAAUUACUGUCACUUAAGUGUAGCAUGUCUCAUUUUACUUAAUUGCCAGCUAAAUUUAGAAUUAUAAAAUAUUUUUUAUAUCAAAAAUCUUUUGAUACUAAGAGAAUUAAACUUAAUUUUGUUUUAUUAUAUAUUUUUUCAGUUUGAAAAUACUUAUAAGUGACAUGGAACUAAAAUUGGCACAAACAUGCUGUGAAUGAAGUCAAAACUUCAAACUGUCGCAACACUUUCCACUUAACUCUAAGUCAUUAUGGUGUUGAAUGUACUGAGUCCCAAGAUCAUUGUAACUUUUUAACACACAAGACAUUUUUUUAAAAGUGUGUGUUUUCUCAUAUUUUUAUUCAGUGUUUUGUCUAAAUUACUCUAUUUUGGGUUUGACAGACUUCAAGAAUUUGCUCAAUCUGAUAUUGGUAGAUGACUUUAGUACUCAUAUUUUAAAAUAUAUGUAUUGCAUUUACAUAGUUGACAACUUUUGCCUUGAAAAAAGGUAUUAAAACCUACUCUGCCCCUGCAACUAUGACUAAUAGUCAUCAAUGUUUCUGAACUUCGUAACGGGCAAAAUCUAGGAACACGGACGUGGCAAGGUGAAACCAGUGAAUCUCAAACCUUUUAAAAAAAAAAAUGCAGUAUGUCAUCUUGUUUGAGGGUGCAAAUAUGAGGCAGUAGAUUUUGGGAAAAAUCCUUCUUUCCUACUUUGCAGAAGAAUGAUUUCUCUAAUGGAUUCAUCAUGUGUGUGCAUUGCUUCUUUUGCAAUAUUUGAUACUAUCUGCAGUAGUAAGUGUGUGUUAAGUCUUCAUCCUAUGAUCUAGCAACACUGUUUGGAACAAUGGAACAUUGUUUAACAUUUUGUAUGUGCUGAAGCCAUUCAGUGGCUAUAAUCCGUACAAAUCCACUGUACCUUUACUGAGGCGGGGGGGAGAGGAGGGAAAGGGUUUAUGCUAUUGUGGUAGCAUCAUCUGUGCCAAACAUGCUUUAAAGAUGAGAUUUCUGAUACAGCUUUUAUUCUGUAUAUCUUCCUAGAGCUAGAAUAUAUUUGUUUAAUUUAAACUGUAUGGAAUAAGGCGGUUUUUGUAACUCAAAAUAGUUAAAAUGUUUUUCAGAAGUUUAAAUAAGAGAUACUACAAUCCUGGAGCUUAGAAAAUGAAAUAAAUGCAUCUCUUCUCCCUGAA